UCCCGUGCAAAAAGCGAUGGACGAUGACGACAUGUGACACGUUCGAUUAUUAUCUUAUGCAAAAUUGGAUUGAUACGGUGCAAUUUACCUCUUUUACACCUGGAAUCAUAUCGCAUGAUUGGAAAAAUGGCAAAUUUUCGUGUGACUCAUCACGCGCGAACGACGAAUCCUUAAUUAAACCGCUUAGGAGACCGUUAACGAUGAUCCUCCGAAACGUUGAAUCGCGCGACGUCUUCGGGAUUACUAAGCAAUUGUGUACCCAUAAUGACAAGCGGAAACGCUUGUUGCAAGGAAAACGUGCACGGAACACCUGUGGUUUGUUGCCACAAUUAUAAUGCUUACUUUGUACGACU